AGGGCUUUUGGGUAGAUGUCGUUACACCAUCUCUCCCGUAUUUUUGUUUGCUCUGCAGUAUGGUUCACAGUCGACCAGUACCGACAAUGGACAUGAAUUACUUUCAUGAUUUCUCAUCUAGAUUGUUGCGAUCGGUUCUAUUCUUGUACUAAAUACCUUUUGAAUACCCCAAGUCUUUGAUUUCAAGGGAAUAGUAACACCAUUGCAUUACCAGGUAGUCAAAAUGAGAGGCCAGCACCUGAAAAUCGUCAAUUACCUUACUGUCUGGCUCUCUCUGACACGGAUGGCGUACUCGGUUGGUUUCCUAACACAGGGCUGUCAGUUGAAUUGGGAGUACGAAGACGGCGAAGCCCGGACGUACUGUCUUGACCACGUAUGUAACAUCAACGCCUACACCGCGAUCCCGUUGGAUUGGUGUAUUGCAGAUGUUGACGGUGUCUUGACCCCUCAGAGAAUGGGAAACUUCAGACAGCGAUGCUUUGACUGCAAAAUCACCCAAGAUCACUAUCAUCUGGGUUGCGAUUGCAUCAAAUUCGACGGAACCAUUGUCUAUAGUGAGAUCAACAUGAAUGAUGUGCUCUAUAACUGGUGGGGUUGGCUCUCCUGUUUCGGUUAUUAUGAGAAGCUAUACGAGCGUGAUUACCCAUGUAAGCAUCAAAUUGGCUGGAUGCCCGACGCUUCAGUUCCCGAUAUGACUUGCGCGCACGGCUGUCCUGAAGUUAACCCCCCGAGUUGGGUCAAGCUUGAGAUCCCGACCAUCGCAAACGUGAGCUCUAGCAACACUUCAGAUGCAUGGGUACUAUUUUCGAAGCUUUCUGGCCAAUCGGGGCCUCGACCGGAUCUUCCAACCGGAGAUGGAAAUACAGGGAAAAUUCCACACCAGUGGAAAUAGUCUUGAAGUCAAUACUAAGGCUAGGUAAUGGAUAAAUCGGCCGACGAUGGGUUCGAACUGGCGGAAGUCCCUUGCCAUUUCGACCAGCUACCUAUCGUUUACGCUUAGCACCGCUAUUCGUAGACACAGAUUAGUCACAUAGAGGUAGA